UAAGUGACAUUAGUGACAGUAAAGUUGAAAUUGCUGAGACUCGAGGUCCCCGCACGAGGAGCCAGUGGGCGUCUCACGGCAAAGUGUUGAAAAGAUUGUGUGAUCAUAAAAAGCAAAUCUGCUAUCGUUUGAGAUUAGCUUUGUGUUUCGCCGAGAAAAAACAGCGAAACUGCGUUAGACGAGCGACGCACGCGCAGAACGACUCGCGAUGCAGCGCGCUGUCCUACAUGAACAAUAACGUGUCUGUGAAAUCCGGUAGUAUUUCAAUUAAGUCUACAGAGCCGCGCGGUGAAACUGCUGAGCAAACGUCACCUGCACGGCAGGUAAGAGAAGUAGAUCCAAGAUAUGUUGGACAUACUGGCGGUGCGGAUAUUUUGGGGCAGAAACCUCAUCGUCGGGGUCCGGGAAGACCGAAAAAAGUUUGCAUUCAUGGUUUUGGUGAGUCCGGCGCACAGGUAAAAACGACCAUCAAGACGGAGGUCCGGAGAGCUCAAACUUCUCGUGCAAGUCAAAGCAGAUGCAAUUUGUCUGGACGAACACCAAAUAGCAGCUCAAGAGUUGAGCUGAGGAGAUGUCUUAGGUCAGGCUCGAGGAAGGACCUAAAACGAUUGGUGAAAAAUUCGUGCUGUGCUUUGUGUGGUGAUGUAAAAUACAGCCCUCCCCCUAGUAAGAAUAUGGCCCAUUUACUCGCUAACAGGCCACGAGUCGGCUGCCCCGGUCUGACUGCACGGCGGAAACGCGCUGGUCACAUUUCAAAGCCCCUUCUACCCCCCACCGCACCGAAUUUCCAGUUCGAGAAAUACCCCAUGUUGAAACUGUGUGACGUAGCCCGAGUGUUUGCGAUAACAUCCCGUGAUUUCUCAUGCGUCUUGCCGGAGUUACUAACACUAAAAAGGCACAAAACAGUUCAGUGCCUAAAGAAAGAAUUCGGGUUUCUGAUGCAUCCUCAUCGCUGUGGUGUCAAGAAGCUUAGGAGUAAGAUUGACAACCAGUCCUGGGAAGUUUCCACUCCAACCAAUAGCUGUACUUCUUUCUCAUCAGGUGAUCCGCCGUCGGGAGGUACAGGCUGCAAGUGUGUUUCAGAGACGGUAGAGGAUGGAUUUGUCAGGGAUUGUGAUGUCUAUCCAGACGGCAAGAGGAUACAGGUUGAUCGUGUGGCCGAUGGAGCUACUCCUAGCGUUUGUAAUGGUGACGCAGAAAAUACAUUUCUGAUGAAGAACGUCCCUGAAAUUUGCGAAGGUACGACCAGCCUGGAGCUUCGGGUACCUCCAAUAAUACUCCGAAGAGUUCCUGCAGUGAAUGGUUGUGGUUUCAGAAGUGAGGCUGAAAGUGAGAACGGCGGUCUCUCUCUGGAUGAGGGGGAGGAGGACAAUGAAACAAAUGACGAUUUGGGGGCUGAACUGAACUUGCUUGAGAGUUUCUCCUGCCAGAGAACACAAGCUUACGCGUUUUUCUAUCAGUCGUCUUGUGCUCGCGUCUGCAAAACGUGGCCCUUUCCCAGAUCGGGCCCUCCGGAUGAACUGAGAUCAUUGCUUAGCGGACACCGCUGGAUUGUGACCUCAUCAUUCCCAGUUACGCCAACUACUUCUACAUGCAUACCUGAAAAGGGUGUUCAAGACACACCUUGCAUAGAAGCACUGGAGGCGCAAGCAGUUUCUUCUGUGUCAGGUGAGAAGCUUGAGUCACAACGAAGUGUGCAGAGAGCUUUUGAGGAUUCCAGUCAUGUUCCUGAGUUCUCAGCAUUUGAAAAAAACAAUCAGGUUGACAAAGAAGAAUUUACUCAUGUAUUCAAUUCAGAGGGGAGAAGUCCUAAAUCCCAACGUAUAGAAAAUCAUUGCAUUCUCGGUACGCCUGGUCAGAAAGCCAUCUCAUUCGAGUGUGAAAAUCAGCUUGUUGUUUCAGUCCUCGCAACAGAAGAUUCAACCUCACCAUCCAGAUGUAUUUUAAAUUCCAAAUGUACCCCAUUCACUACCUGUCCUGUCAGCCAAACCCCAUUGGUUGAAAAUCAAGUGGAGCCCAAAAUUGGUGCUGGUGCUCUUUACAACCCAGAUUCACUUUCUGAACUUUGUCUUAAAGUGGAAACUCUGAAAGCACAGUGCCUGUCCUCAUCCACGUCCCCUUCCGCAGCAGUACAGGUUACUCAAAAACCUGUCUCGCGUACGCUCAACAGUAAGCCGCCCUAUUCUGGAAAGAGGAAACGUAGAAGAGGGUUUGACAGCUCUACGGUCACAAAUUCAUCGUCUUCUGCGGAUGAAAAUGAACGAGACGGUAAGCCGUCUUCAGAUGAGGAACAUGUGGAACAUGAUGAACCAGGGGGCUUGCGGUUAAAUGAUGAUGUCACAAGUCACAUUAAAGAUAGAGGGGUCAACCCGUCACAAUCUGUAAAGGAUUGUAUGGUUCCCGAAGGCUUUCUGGAUGUUUCUCGAGCGUAUGAAGAAGAUGUACUUAUUCUGGAUGUGAUUCAGGACGAUCCAGAUUUGUUUGGAGCUGUGGUUGCUGGUGAAACCGUAAAUAAACGGGGAACAAUGGCAAACCAUGAGGAGACUAAUACAAAAUUUCAAACUGGGAAUCACUGCAAGAUUGUGUGGGACUUGGAUACAGACAGUUGCGGCAAAUCUGCACCAGACUUGAAACUUGAAAACAUGAAAGAUGAUCGUCCUCGGACAGUAAAAGAGAUGGAGAGUAAUAAAGCUCAACCUUCUAAGGGCCUUCAGUUCACAUCUGCUUUAAAGUCUGAGACUGCCGUAGACUUGAAUAACAAUCAGGAGAUCAAAAAUGCGAAUGUGUACAGCAUUAAGGUGAUGAACUCAAGAACGUCAAUGCUUGUAAUGGACACAAACAGUUUCGGAUAUGGUAAUACUGCAAAAGACUCCUGUGCUUCAAGAUCUUCAAAUCAUUAUUGUUGGUUCUACUUUGAUGAACACAACUUCUGCCAGCGACAUUGUUGUCGAUUCUCACACAUACCAAGGGAUGGAGAUGAAACGUUCUGUAUGGAGAGAAUACAGAGGUUCUGUUUAGUGGGUAACCCUAAUACUGUGCUGCGAGCAGUGGAGGUGUUUCUGGAAUAUUACAGCAAGUGUUCCCCCGGAGUGAGUUUUAGUCAGGAGAUUGUCGACUCUCUGCUCUUUUGUCUUCUUAAUCUGGGCUUCCUGAGGAAGUUUGUGGACAUCAUCAACCUGCUUCUCACGCACAAGAGUCUACCUUCUCCUGAGAUUGUGUUAGCUGCUUAUAAACAUGUGAGGGAUAGAGGCCUGAUGGACUCUAUAUCUGAGCUCAUUCUACUCACCUCCAAGAUUGUUGAGGCUGGAUGUGUGUUUGGUGUUGAUCAGUGUGAAGUCAUGCAGAGUCACCUGGAAAUGAUGCAGGUUCCAAGACAACAGAUGGACAUUUUCCUUGCUGUUAAAUGCAGGGCUCUGGCCACUAACCCUCACACUGCAGAGCUGUCUGAUCUGGCCCAAGCUGUUGUCAGGGUAGAGAUGUUGAAGCAUUGGGAGGACUGGUCUGGCAUGGCACACGUGUUCUGUGAUGUUUGUGCAGGUCCACACAGUACCAGCGAACUUCACAGGUUCUACUGCUGUGUUACUAUGGCAUUGUUAAAAGAGCCCAAAGACAAACUUACUCUCCCGUACGAGCCGUUUGCCGAAUCAGUAUGUCAGCAAGUCCCAUCCGACGAUAUGGUGAAAAUCACCCUGGGAAGAAUCGGAGUCUCACUGAUUUUUAGGUACCACGGGACACGAGAAUGGAAUAAGGGGGUAAAGCUGGUCAACGUGAUGUUCGGACUUCAGAUUGAGUUCACCACACUGAAGGGAUUUAUGGGUAAUGAAUACAAGGUGUCUCGCUGUCAGCUGGUCACCUCUGCAACUGAACUCUUUCUCCACAGCGGGAGCAUUGAGGGCGCUCUGAAGAUGCUCAGAGCUGAUAAGUGGUUCGUGACCUCAAAGGUGUGGCCUUGUGACCCGGCUGACAUUGACUGUCGAAAGCGUGUCCUGACUCUCUUAGCUGGGAGAACGUCUCACAGAGAUACGUUUGACAUACUUGCCAACUUGCCAGGACUCAGACAACCUAUAAAUGGUGUGCAGGUAGAUGAGUAUACUGAAAUGUUCAACGCUCAUCUGCAUCUGUGCGUGAUGAAGCAGACAUUACCGGUUGCUUCGGAUAUUCUUGAGUUUAUGUUAGCACAGGGCAUGGUUCCUGAAACCGCUCGGCUACAGAACCUCAUCCACAAACUGGGCAAGCAGAACAACUGGAGCCGCGCCAGAACUCUCUUCAAUCGUGCUCGGUCAGCUGGCUAUUACUCUGCGGUGGUGUGCGAACAAGACUCUUUGUUUCUGCCUUGUAGUCUCACUGAGAUUGAGAUGACGUUGGCCUUCGAAAUGUUCAUCACAUCUGUUAAAGCAUACCUUAAGGCCCCCACUGGACCCUCCCAGCCCAUAAUCAUCACACUCAGACGGCAGGGCGAGGUCGAGGAUGUAACCGAGAGCAUGUACCUGGCAGCUGGCUGUCGACUCCUCUCUGCUGCGCUCAUUCCGAACCCCAAACUGAGCAUACGCUACACAGCUGUCAAUCAAACACAGGAACAGUUGUUUAUUCUGGACCGUGGCUCCGCCCACAAAUGGCUUACUCAAAACGAGCAGUGGGCGCUAGAGAUGUGGGGUCCUUAAUAUUUAAAAGACUAAAAAAGGAUUGAAAGAAGAUCAACUUCAGAUUACCUGAAACAACAAACUUUAUUCUUGUAGAAUGGAGAAUUAAUAAAAUGCAUAAAUAACGGCCACAAAUGCUUUGUAAAGAUCUUCUCUUAAAUACUUUGUGCCGCAUCUGUAAAUAUUUCCUUUUUUUGUGCAGUGUCAUUUUUGUGGAAGUACCAAGUUAGUGUAGCUGUUUCCAAUUCUCAGGCAAAAACAGUGUGAAACUUUCUGUUACUAACAUGUGAAAAUCCUUCAGCGCAGUGGUUCUCAAAGCACUUAAAUACAUGUCAUCAUUCGGUACAGGUUUGUCUGGGUUGUAAAGUGAUGUACACAUUUCAGUUUGUUCUGUUUAAAAAAAUAAAUAGAAAAUUAUUCGAUCUAA